GAAUUUUAGAGAGAAAUACUCUACUUAGGCCCUCACUGUCUUCAGAUCCACCUGCGAAGCUAUGCAUUGUCGGCUUAUCGCCUUCUCUAUUUAUUUAAGUUAUGACAGUGAUGUUGUCACUGCCGUGUCUCGAUUGAUCCAAAAAACGUUUGAACUUUGAAGUCGUUUCUUUGUUAGUUUUACCGAUUUUUUCGCUGAUGCAAAACCCUAAGAUGCUUCAUUCUUUGCCAAUCCUGCUAUUUAUGGUGAGAAGGAAGAGCAAUUGAUCCAGAAAAAUUCUAAACAUUCAUAGAAAUUUGAUCAUCGUCGAGUUCACUGAGAUUUUUUUGUGGUAAUUUCCUUUAUUUCCAAUAUGAGAGAAGGAAAGUCCGUUAAAUUUAAUAUUCAGCAACAGCAACAGAAUGGUCACCUCUCUCCUUUUGAAUUCGCCAAAUUGUUAGAUCCCGAAGCUUCGUGGGACAAGGAUCAAUUGGGCGAUGCUUUACAUUGGAUUCGGCAAGUUGUUGCCCUUGUAUGUGGGUUACUAUGGGGUGCUGUUCCUUUCAAUGGAGCCAUUUGGAUUGUCGUAUUUCUGGUGCUAUCCUCAGGAAUUAUUUAUGGGUAUUAUUCAAUAAUACUAAAAAUUGAUGAGGAAGAUUUUGGAGGUCAUGGAGCCCUCCUUCAGGAGGGACUUUUUGCAUCAUUAACUCUCUUUCUGCUUUUGUGGAUCCUAGUAUACAGCUUAGCACAUUUCUGAUUGGCAGUUUGCUGAUGUGGCAAAUGCUUAUCUACUGGAUUUUCCGACGCAUUGCCCUCUAUCUUCAUUUUUGGGAGCAUCGUGUGGCACAAUUUGCUCAAUUAAGUGAGCCACCCUGCAGAAGAAAUGAUUUAACGUUCCACCAACAGAUAUUUUUACCCCUUUCCACAUAAUUAUUGAUGUUUUCAUUCUGUUGUCAUGUUAUGGCACCUUACUGGCAUAGAUGCAGGGAGCAAUGUAAUUCUGCAGCUUUUACCUGAACCAAUUAUGGUGACAGAUGGUACAUGAGCCAUGGAAUUGUAGGAUGGUGAGUUUCAGUGAUUUUUUGCUUUGUAGCCUACUUUAAUUUAAUUCAUGUGUUUCGUUCAUUCGCAUUAAA